UUGACAGCCUCGCAUACUAGUGAUGACAGCUUUACUUCACCGUACAGUAAAUACUUGUUUUGGGGAAAAGUAGUUGGAAGUACUGUGUUUGCUAUGUGGUUUAUUUAUUUCCUUAGUUGGUUGUCGCUGCUCAUACAGGUGGCGUUUGUCACGCUGGCAAUAGCGGCUGGUUUGUACUAUCUAGCAGAAUUAAUAGAAGAAUACACAGUAUUAACUAGCCGAAUAAUCAAGUAUAUGAUAUGGUUUUCUUCAGGUGUACUCAUAUGUCUGUAUUUCUUGGAAAACUUUCCAAGUGUGAUGAUUGGAGUAGGCCUUUUUACAAACCUGGUUUAUUUUGGACUGCUGAGGACGUUCCCUUUCAUAAUGCUGACAUCACCAAACUUCAUACUGUCAUGUUUUCUUGUCGUCAUGAAUCACUAUCUUGCAUUCCAGUACUUUGCAGAGGAGUAUUACCCAUUUUCUGAGGUACUGGCUUAUUUCACAUUCUGUUUGUGGAUAAUACCGUUUGCAUUUUUUGUGUCAUUGUCUGCGGGAGAGAAUGUGCUGCCUUCUACAGUUCCUCAAGGAGACGAUGUUGUGUCAAACUAUUUUACAAAGGGAAAAAGAGGAAAGCGAUCAGGAAUUCUGGUCAUCUUCUCUUUCCUGAAAGAAGCUGUUUUGCCAACUCGACAGAAAAUAUACUAAUGACGAAUGCAACGCCAAAAAGUUGAGUGGAAGUGAAAAGAAUCUCAGCUUACACAUGUUUAACCUGUUAGGGAAAAAAAAGAAGGACAUGGAUGAAGUUAAACAAAGAAGAAAUGUGGAGGAAUUGGACAAUGGUCUGCCUCGGUCCUCCAUUCAGAAAUGUGUUUCUUAAUGGAAUACAAACACAGAGUUUGCAUUGAGCAGUUUGGCAGCAGUCGGUGUCCUAAGAAGAUUGAAGUUAUUCAGCUGUUUAUCGCAAAGGAGCUGAAUCAAAUAGGUUCUAUUUUUCAGAGCAGCUGUAUGCGAAGCUUAAGGAUAAUUGUUGGGGACAUUGUCAAUGAGAAUAUUAUAUGUGCAAUUAUUUUAAACCUAUACAGAGACAGCAGAGCCUAUAUGGAACUUAAUUGUCCUCAAGAUGUGCGUUUGAAAUGGAGUAUACAAAGUGUUGCAUUUCUAAAUAAUAAACCAUUUUCUUUUUGAAAAUUAA